AUGAUUCCAAAUAAAUCAAAGAAUCCCAAUGGUGAGGAACGAAACGACACGGAAGGAGUGGUCAACCCCGGCGCGCUCGACAUUGAAAAGAGCGUUGGAUCCUCACCGUCGGGAUCUCAGCCCGAGUCAGCCCGCAGGACAGACAUCGAAUACCGGCCUAUGUCGUUCAGUUUCUGCUUGAUAAUGUUCUGCAAUUUUCUGUCCCUCUUCCUCGUGGCUCUCGAUCGAACCAUCAUCUCCACCGCCAUCCCUCGCAUCACGGACGAGUUUCACAGUCUGGGAGACAUAGGUUGGUAUGGAUCAGCAUAUAUGUUGACUGGCGCAGCAUCACAGCCUCUCUUCGGCCGGAUGUACAAAAUCUAUAACACUAAAUGGGUUUUCUUGGCGAGCGUGGUGGUUUUCGAAAUAGGCUCGGCCAUAUGCGGUGCCGCCCCUACUUCUAACGCAUUGAUUGCCGGGCGCGCCGUUGCAGGAUGUGCUUCGGCGGGCAUCUUUUCCGGAUGUAUGCUUGUUGUCAUCGGCCUGGUACCGCUCCAUAGCCGUCCCAUGUUCCAGGGUUUGUUCGGCGCAGUGUUUGGUAUUGCAUCCGUGAUAGGCCCUCUGAUCGGCGGGGGAUUUACCGGCAACGUGUCGUGGAGGUGGUGCUUCUAUCUUAACAUCCCCAUCGGGGUUGUAAGUAUAGUUCUUAUAGCCCUUUUCUGGCAUCCACCCAAGCCGAAAUUGGAACCGGCUCCCAUCCUGACACAGGUCAAACGUCUGGACCCUUUUGGCACCAUAUUCUUCCUUCCCUCCAUUACAUGUCUUCUCCUGGCUCUUCAGUGGGGCGGAUCGACAUACCCAUGGGAUGAUGGUCAAGUCGUUGGGCUCCUGGUGGCGUUUGGAGUUCUCAUCUUAGGAUUCGCUGGGACUCAAGUUCUAAUGCCGGAGACAGCCGCCGUUCCAGUGCGAGUCAUCAGGCGCCCAAGCGUUCUCUGUGCAUCUCUCUUCACUUUCUGCGCUUCGGGUGCGAUGACGAUGAUUCUUUAUUAUCUUCCAAUCUGGUUUCAAACCGUCAAGCAGGUCAGUCCGAUUAAGUCGGGUAUUUAUACGCUCCCACUAGUUCUGAGCUUGGUCGUCGCCAGCUUUGUAUCUGGCUUAGUCACUCAGAAGACCGGGUAUUAUGUGCCGGUCAUGUACCUAUCGCCUUGUCUUUUGUCCAUCGGGCUAUGCCUGAUGUCCACUUUUCGGCUUGACACCGGCUCCUCACACUGGAUUGGGUAUCAAUUUCUCUGUGGCUUCGGAUUGGGGCUCGGUAUGCAGAGCUCUGGUCUUGCUGUGCAGACAAUCCUUCCACCGUCUGAUAUUUCAAUCGGGAUUGCCCUCAUAUUCCUUUGCCAGCAGCUCGGCGGUUGCAUUUUCGCCACGGCCGGCCAGAGCAUUCUUAGCAAUCAGCUGGUCUCUGAGCUUGGCGGGGUCCCUGGUGUGGACGCGGGACAAAUCGUUCACGAGGGUGCGACAAACCUGAAAUCGGUGGUCUCGUCAGACCAUAUGCUCGUCGUGAGACAGGCCUAUAAUUCGGCCGCCACGAGAAUCUUCCUGGUUGCCUUGGGUUUGGCCCUGGCAGCAUCGUUGAGCUCAUUCGGCAUGGAGUGGAAGAGCAUCAAGAGAGAUGGGGUAAAGCAGGCCAGAGGGCUGACACCCGGUGGCCAGGGCAUGGGAACCGACAGUCGACCCCAAUUCCAAGAACUGCCCGGCCAACCUCGGGGUAUUUUCUGGGAAGAUGACUUCAUCUCGCCCGAGCACGAGCAGCGUCUUCUCUCAAUCUUUCACAAUGAAUUAGAAUGGGCCGACCGUCCCGGUCGUCUCUCACUUCACUAUGGCUACUCUUUCGACUAUAAGACAUUUGGAGUCGAUCCUGAUAUCCCUUACAAGGAGUUCCCCGACUGGUUGAAGCCGCUCAUUCCCACGACCGAGUCGCGACCACCCGACCAGGUGUGCCUUCAGUACUACCCGCCUGGCGCCGGCAUUCCGCCACACGUAGACGCGCAUGGUGCUUGGGACCAACUGUACGCACUGUCAAUGGGCGCGCCGGCUAUCAUGCAAUUCCGGAAGGGCGAGGAGCGUGUCGACUUUGAUCUGACUCCUCGGAGUAUGAUGCAAAUGGCGGGCGACGCCAGACUCCAUUGGACUCACGGUAUCAAGAAGCGCAAGACCGACACGCUGCCAGAUGGGACGGUACGGACGCGCGCGGAUCGCUGGAGUAUCACAUAUCGAUGGGUCCGGGAAGGGGAGUGCGAAUGUGGAAACCUGGAGCUUUGCGACGUGGCUCAACGACGGAAUGGUACCGAGAAAGAAAAGCGCUCAUUGAAGGAGCUGGAAGCGAAGAUAGAUACCCAGGAACCAGGCGCAUGA